AUGGAACUGGUGGGCAAGGUCUCCGCCAUGCCCCAGCCCGGCAUCGCCAGCAUCAAGGUCUACCUCACCGACGUGGGGCCCAACGACGGCAUUCUGAGCUCCAGCUCGCUGUGCGGCAGCAUCACGGCGGAAUCCACGACGGUCGAGUGCAGCUCCAAGGGGGCUGCCCGGUACCUGGCGCUGGCUCCCUUCGUGGACGGCACCUGCGUCUUUGGCGCCUGCACAACAAGCUGGUGCAGCAUGGAGGUGGAUGGCACCGCCAUGAGCCAGGAGCCUGUGUCCUCCACCGGCGAGUCCCACAUGGGGCAGGUGGUUGUGAACGCCACUGCUGUUGCCUGA